UUCUUGUGCUACUCGUGACGUUUUCAAACGUUUAUUACCCUAGUUAGAUUUGAAGUUGUUAACCGGAAUCUGCUUAGAUAACUUAUCAUGACCUAAUUAACGCGUUAGCUUUUCAUUUUUAAUGCAAGAAGCACGUUCCUCAGGAGGGAGAAUCAUGAGGAAAUAUUACCAACUAAUUCUUUUCAUCUUAUCGGUUGUCAGUUUGGUGUGUUUUGUUAUUUACAAACACGAGUAUGACAGGCUGAGAAAUGUCUUGGAAGUCUUGAAUGUUUUUGGCUCAACAGUAACAGAUGGUCCCCAAACAUAUGAACUUCAGGGAAUCUGUUCUAAUGGAUCUGUUGAAUUCAUUCCUGAUUUCUGGCACAAAUAUUCAGAAGUGCAAGUUUAUGCAGCCUUCAAGGUUGCAAACGAAAAAGGAUGGAGUUUAAACAGUGUGGCAGUUGUGAAACGAAAUUCUUCUUUUUCAAUGAAAAACACUGUGUGUGCUUUGAUAUCUGGAGAUGUCAAUGAUGACAAAUUUGAAGGAACUAUUGAAUGGAAACAAAUCGAAACAGAUAACGACUACGUGGCAUAUUCGGUUGUCUGCAAUGUUCCAGAAAUGAUCGGCAAUUCUCACCUCUUCUCCCUUUACGACAGUAAAUCGUCUUUACAACCGCUUAAAGUUCCGCUGCAUCUUGGCCCGACGCAUCCUAAAGAUCACGCAACAUCUCUUUGUGUAUUAUCGAAUGAUCCCUAUUGGCACAUAGAUGAUCUUGCCGAUUUCAUACAUUACUACUCGCUACUUGGAGUCGACAAUAUCUACCUUUAUCAUCGAGGGAUUGGUGAUCAAGUGAUCUCAUCUUUGCAGGCAUUGGCACGGACACGGACACUCAGCAAUGUAACAAUUCAUCUAACAACUUGGAAUCGUCCAUCAAGUUCCUCUCUUCUAGUUGAUUUCGCUCUGAUAAAUCACGACUGUUCGUGGAGGCAUGGAGCAAAGCAAGGAUCCUCGAUCACUGUGCAAUUCGGUCACUUUCUAGCUCUUCCAAAGGGUUUGAGGUUGAAAGAGUUUUUGGCCAAAGCAAGAGGCCAUAGCAGUGAAUCAAGUUUUGAAGUCCGAAUCCCGCUUCAAACAAUUUGCGCCAACUUGUCUGCAACCGAAACUAGUCUUGUAAGGCGUGCAAGAAUGAUUAAUCCGAAAAAGAAAGUAAUUAGAACCGGAAUUAUACGAUGGACAGAAGCCCCCAACCAUCCAGGCAACCCCGAAACCGUAAAGGUUGACUCUCAAGCGGUUAAAUUGCUAAUAUUUGAGCAAUGUCGCACAACAGAAAACGGUAAAACGGAAGAUGAAACUGUGCGUACGUUCCGAGCUCUCGCUCAAAAUAUCCCCCGCUUAAAAAAUUAAUCGGUAAUAAUCCAUAUUCCACAUUUGGGUUGUUCCGGUUGUAUUGAUGUUGAAAACAAUGUAUUAUGAACAUGCCAAUUCGAACGUUGAACAUGAAUUUACGACAGAAAAAUACAAAUUCAUUUCAGACGUUG